UUUAGUCGCGCUGUAACCAGAGGAGCCAAGCAGGAGCUCUCCCCUCAGGGCUGCCACGCUUUCUAAUAGGCGCUUCCUGCUAACAUUAGCAGUUUGGGACAGCUGUCCACCUGGGGACUUACCUUACUAUUCUCCCUGGUUUUGUUUUGUCCCUAGCAAGUUGCCCUUCAACCACCUCGAAGCUCACAGGAAGUCAUGAAAAGGGGCAUUCACUGGGAUCUCGUCCUACUUGCACUUAGCCUGAGUUUUUUUAAUCUUCAUGUGACAGCAAAUACAGAAAACGAUUUGGAUGACAUAGACUUUACUGGUGAAACAAAGCAAGACACUGACCUGGAGGAUUCUAACUUUGUUCACACAAGGUUUUCACUUCGAACUCAGUUGGACCCGGAGGAAGACAUGUGUUACAUUGUUCCAGGGCAUGUCGAGUCACUUCAUAAAUGUAACUUUAAUGUGACCACAAAAACCUUCCUAGUUAUUCAUGGCUGGACGGUCAGUGGGAUGUUUGAGAGCUGGAUUCCUAAGCUGGUUAAAGCACUUUACCAGAAAGAGCACAAUGCUAAUGUUAUUGUAGUCGACUGGCUUAAUCGAGCCCAUCAACAUUACUCAACUGCUGCUGAAAAUACUAAACUGGUGGGACAGGACAUUGCUAAGUUUAUCAACUGGUUAGAGGAAACAGUGGAUGUCCCUGUAGACAGCUUACAUUUGAUUGGGUAUAGCCUUGGCGCUCAUGUAGCUGGAUUUGCAGGAAGCCAUGCAACAUCAAAAGUGGGUCGAAUAACUGGUCUUGACCCUGCAGGACCUGCAUUUGAAGACAUGCAUCCACAUGGCCGUCUUUCACCAGAUGAUGCCACCUUUGUAGAUGUCCUUCACACUUUUACACAUGGAUCACUGGGUCUCAGCAUUGGAAUCAAGCAACCUGUUGGCCAUAUAGACAUCUAUCCAAAUGGUGGAAGCUUCCAGCCUGGGUGUAACCUACAUAGCGCUUUGGAGAAGAUCGCAGCUUAUGGAUUCUUUGAAUUUGCAGAGGCUGCAAAAUGUGAACAUGAGCGUUCUGUUCACCUCUUCAUCGAUUCAAUUUUGCAUGAAGAUAAGGCAAGCUUGGCCUAUCGUUGCAGUAGCAAAGAAAUGUUUGACAAAGGAGUGUGUCUACAAUGCCAUAAAAGACGCUGCAACACCCUUGGUUACAACGCUAAGAAAGUCCGAAAUAAGAGAAGCAGCAGAAUGUAUUUGAAGACAAGGGCAGAAAUGCCGUUUCGAGUUUAUCACUACCAGAUGAAGAUUACAUUUCAUAAGGAUGACAAAGAUGACAUAAAGAUGCCUUCUCUAUUGGUAUCCCUAUAUGGAACAGAAGGAGAUGCUGAGAAUCUAAUAGUUAAUAUCAAAGAGAAGAUUGUCUCUAACAAGACAUAUUCCUUCCUGUUGGUUUCUGAUGUUGACAUUGGCAAUCUCCUGAGGAUGAAGCUGAAAUGGGAGGAUCAGUCUACAUGGGGCACCUUACCUAUCCUAAAGACAGUUUACUCCUGGUUGCCUAGAAACUAUUUUUUUGAACCUGGAAUUGAGGUAGAGAAGAUCUUCUUAAAAUCUGGAGAAACCCAAAAUAAAGUGGUGCUCUGCUCAGAAAAUUCUGCUAACUUGGCUCUGUCUGAGGAAGUUACAUUUGUGAAGUGUAAACAUGGACUGAAAAAUGUUACUGAAAGACGCAGUUCUAGGAAACACUGAACUGGAAUUCAUCCUUCAGCAGAUCUAAUUACAUAUUCCUGGCAAACAUCACUGGAAAAACACAGAAAUAUCAUCUUAUAAAUUAAAAAGGCUCCUUGUAUUUAAGUUUGUUAAAACUUUAAUGUACUAUAUUUAUUGUAAUGUACAUAAUGUAAAAACGUGUAUUUAUAAACUUCGGACUAAAAUUUUUGAACUGUACCGUUGCAUUUAGCACUUACCAAUGAGAUGCAGUGUAAAUAUGUAUUUGUGUAUAUAUGUAGAAAAUCUGUGCUUAGGACACUUUAUACGUGGAGAAGUUUAGAUUUUUUUAAAUUUAUAUCUGUAGUCUGUUUUUGGUGAAAGAUAGCUAUUGUACAGUAGGAAGCACUUAAGGAACUAAGCCAUGUGGUUUUGGUGUGAGAAGAACCCACUUUCUUUGCACUGAGUUUGUUUUUAAUAUUGAAAUUCUAAACAGGAAGAAAAUACAGUUUACUGUAUGCUAAGAAACACUUUCUGAUGUGUUCUUUUUGCCUGUAGUGAUUUUGCUCUAUUAAACCAGUUCUCACUGA